GCAGCCGCAGCCGGCCUCUUGCGCGCCAUCCCAGAAAUGGCGGCUCCGCUGGGGGGUAUGUUCUCCGGGCAGCCACCUGGACACCCCGGGGACUCCAGGGGCCAAGCUUCGCUUCUUCAGGCCGCGCCAGGCCCUCCGAGAACUUCUAACAGUACCUUGGUGGACGAGUUGGAGUCAUCUUUUGAGGCUUGCUUUGCUUCUCUUGUGAGUCAGGACUACGUCAAUGGCACGGAUCAGGAAGAAAUUAGGACUGGUGUUGAUCAGUGUAUCCAGAAAUUUCUGGAUAUUGCGAGACAGACGGAAUGUUUUUUCCUACAAAAAAGAUUGCAGUUAUCUGUCCAGAAACCAGAGCAAGUUAUCAAAGAGGAUGUCUCAGAACUAAGGAAUGAAUUACAGCGGAAAGAUGCUCUAGUCCAGAAGCACUUGACAAAACUGAGACAUUGGCAGCAGGUGCUGGAAGACAUCAACGUCCAGCACAAAAAGCCAGCCGAAAUCCCUCAGGGCUCCUUGGCCUACCUCGAGCAGGCAUCUGCUAAUAUCCCUGCACCAAUGAAGCAAACCUGAGUCAGAGCUGGCCUGAAGGUGAUCUGGUGUGUGAGUCAGUCUAAACACGGUGACAAACAUCACUUCUUGUGGACAUGACAUUUUGGAAGAACUCUUUGCCAAAGAAUGAUGAUUUUUGUUGAUGAUCUCACCUCAAAUUUUCCCCUUAUUUUAUUUUAUUUUUUUAAAGAUUUUAUUUAUUUAUUUGAGAGAGAGAAUGAGAGACAGAGAGCACGAGAGGGAGGAGGGUCAGAGGGAAAAGCAGACCCCCUGGACUCCAGGAUCAUGACCUGAGCCGAAGGCAGUCGCUUAACCGACUGAGCCACCCAGGCGCCCCUCCCCUUAUUUUUAUAAGCGUUAUUUCUUGAGUACUUUAUAAAAUGCCUAUAUAGUUUUGGUAAAUCAAGUAAAUUUUCCUGUUUUUAGCAAAGUUUAGACUGGUAGUGUGAUGCUACUUACAGAUUUCCUUUUCAUGUUUCUUUUUUCUGUUUGUAUUUUUUUGUUGUUUUUGUAUGACUUAAUCUCUUUGUGUUCCAGUUUUAGAUUAGCUUGUAUGAUCUGAUCUAAGAAUCAGAGGAUGAGGAGUUUGGUGGUGGGCCUUUUAUGACAAUUAUCCCUAGGUGGUAGUGCAGAAAAUAGGUAAAUUUGCAUGUUUCAAAACUUUAAAUUACUUCAAGAAGAAGACUCUAAUACAGUGAUGUUUGUAAUGCAUCCGGAGCUCUUAGAAUGAGGAUAUUUUGUAAAUACGUUGAAAGGAUUAUAAUAUCCUAAGUUAGUGUAGUAAUAAUAUAGUAGGAUCCUUACGUUGAUUUUGACUUUUAUUUGGGCUAAGCUUAUAUUUUGUGUGGUGUUUUUUCACUUUUUGGAGCGGAGGUGUGUAGUAAGAGCAGUGAUAAGCUAAGUUUUGUUACGUUCUGCAGUGAUGAAUCAGCGUAAGUAAGGGGACAGACCUUGUUUUCAGCAUGGCACUUGCGUACGUGCAGUAUGAGAAGUUAAAGCUUGCCAUGAUCAUCUUUUCAUUUUGAGUUUUGUUCGCUUGUGUCGUUUUUGUUUCUGGUUUUUUGUAGCAGAAUUUUCAUUAAGGAUGAUUCUUGCUAAUGAAUAGUUGAUUCCAAGGGACUGGGGCCUCUGGGUGGGGAGUGGGCUGCAGGGUGACCCUCAGUGAACUCCCCAUCCUCAAAAAUCAUGGGAGCCUCAGCUUUUUGGGGGAAGACAUUUUACCCUCUUGUUGGUUACACGGGCCAAUGAGAUUCUCUGUUGAGCUGCCCUUGAGAAGUGCAGAAGGGCAUUGCGCAUGGUGCUCCCUAGGUGGGAUUUUCCUUUCUCUGUUGUUUACCAGUCUCUUAUCAGAUUACAUCUCCUAACCCAAAACAAAUGCUCUAUUGUUUUCUAAAUAGGCAGUACUUCUGCAAGUCAGGUGUCCUGACUUGUUUUGUUUUCUUCAGCCUUGAAGGCUCCUCCCUCCAUAACAGUGACAUCAUCCAUUCAUGGUUGUUUGGCCUGGAUGCCACCUGGUCCCUGAAGUCUCUGCACACUUUCUCUGCUGCACCCUGAGGACACAGGACUUCCCCUCUCUUUGCCAGCCUUGCUUGAUUCUCCCUGGGGGUUAGUGAUUUGUAUCCGUCUCUGUGCCCCUCAUGAGAAGGAGGCAUUGUUCCCCUCUGAAUGUACAGUGACCACAUAUUAUUUAUCUUUUAUGCAUAAUACUUACUGCUCAUUUUUGUUUGUGUGCAUGUGUGUGGGGUACCCAGCCUGGGGCCAACCCCUCAGUACAGAUUAAACAAAGCUUUUAAAAGUAUGACUUCAAGGUUGUUAACCUGGCCACCUCAUACCAAUUAGAAGCUCUGAUUGGCGGGAUUAAGUUUUAGGCAGUCUUGCAGUAAUAGAGGUUCUUACUGAAAAGAUUGGGAACUAUUUUGUUUGGUGCUCAGUGAAAAUAUUUUGAAUUCAUGUAAGGACCAAUUACUGCCAUUUAUUUUUUCAAAAGUUUUCUGUCAAAUAAAUAGCAGUUUUUCAGUCUUACCUGUUUGUAAAUAUCUUUUUCCUUUUAAUGACCUCUUAAUUGUUGAUGAACAUAGAAAACCCUCUGAGCUGCUGUCUCCUUCAGUGAAAAAAUAAGAAACCAUCAGCUGGGAUUUCCCUUACUUUUCCACUCCCAGAAUGACAAACCUACCCACCUCUUCAGGGUAUCCUUUUUUUCCUUGCUGUUCCAUCUCCCGAAGUGCCUACCUUUCCACCAGUGUCCAGGGUCCCAGGUUAGUUGCCUUCUUUAGGCUUAAUCCUUGGGUGGUGUUCGUCCCCUGCAUCGCCUGUCUACUGGAUCAUUCCCUCCAGCUCACAGAAUUCUUCAUCUCCCAACUUCAGCAUUUCCCUCGGCGCUUGAGCUGCUGCCCUGUCUCCCGGCCCCUCGUUCACAGUCUCUAGCGUGUCUCCUCUCCCUUCCUUCUCCUCCAGGCUGCCCCCCCCACUACCAUCACUGUGCUGUUAUGGUUACUAGCCACUUUGCUGGUGCUAAGUUGAAUGGAUACUUAAUCUUUUUUACUUGAAUUCAUUCUCUUUGAUUCAUCUUUCCUUUUUUACCCAGCUUCUCAAUAUUAACAUUUCUGAGUGUUUGGUCCUGGAGCCCUGGAGGCUGUAGUGGAGUGCUGCUCAGUUCUCCCUUCAAGAGAGUCACUAUGGGGGGAGUACAGUUACCAAAGCUCCGCCUUCGGGGCUCUGCCGCAGGGUUCCCAGAGACCUCCAGUUAAUGUCUUGUAAUUUUAAGUGUGUCUUGGGAUGUAGCUCCUGGAGGACCUGACUGACAUGGAUGUUAGUGGACAUGGUCUGAGAGAGCCAGCAGUAGGAUGGGGUUUGGGGACUGGCUCAUGUACUGUCCGACUGGCAAAAAAGACCCGUGGUGGUACAGUUACCAGUGGCCCAGGUGCUGAAGAUUCCACCAGUGGUGCCUCAGGGAAACCUCCCAGUGGAAGGAAACAUUGCCAGCGCAAGGAUCAAACACUGGAAGGUAAAAGGGAACACUGUAUACAAGAACAGUGGAGUUGGCUGGUUAUCCCCUCACCAUCUUGACUCCCCCUGGAGGAAUAAUGACAAACUACCGGUACUUAACAAAUAGUCAACAGCCACCCUGAGUGCCUGGGGCAUCUUUGAUGAUCUCCUGCUGGGGGACAACAGAUAGUUGAGCUAGUAGGAGGUAAUAAAUCAAAAAUAAUAUUGCAGGGCCGGCGCUUGGGUGGCUCAGUUAAGAGGCUGACUUUUGAUUUUGGCUCAGGUCAUGAUUUCAGGGUCGUGAGAUUGAGCCCCACGUCAGGCUCCACACUCAGUGGGAACUCAGUAGGGAGUCUGCUGGAGAUUGUCUCUCCCCCUCCCCCUCCUCCCUGUCUUUCUCCCUCUGCUCACAUGUGCGCGCUGUCUCUCAAAUAUUCAGAAUAAUAACAAUAAUAAUAAUAUUGCACCCCUAAGGUGAUGGUGGAGAUUAGUGCUACCAUAAGAAAUCUAAAGGUUGCAGGGAGAGUGGUUCCCUAACAAAGCUCCAUUUAAUUUCCCAACCUUACCCUUGCAGAAUCCAGAUGGAUCCUGGAGAAUGAGUGUAGAGACCAAGUAACCUCAAGUGCAACUACUGUGUUGGAUAUUACAUGAUGCUAGAGCAGCUGAUAAGGGCUGAAGUACAAGAUAGCAGCCAUUUCUUGGGCGAGUUCAUUCUUUCCCACCCUAAUUAAGAAACACUUUACAGCACAGCAAUCUUCCUUUCCAGUUUUGCUCCAGCAAUGUUAGCCCUUUCUUCUGUCAUAAUAGGGCCUACCGAAAUUUAUCACCAAAUCUUGCUGUUUCUUCCUCCUGACUCAAUCCUGAAUCAGCUCAUUUCUCUUCAUCUCCACUGUUCUCCCCAGGCCAUCACCGUCACAUCUGGACCACUUGCUCUUGAGAGAUUGAUGGAAUCAGAUUAUGUACAUAAAAACCGGAAGAAUGUUUUAUCUCUCAAGUGAGUUUCUUUGUCAGCAUUACCUAGGGUAUGGUAGGGUAUGGAGAGGUAGGAUUUUAGUCACAGUUAGUGAAGGUGUAAACUUGGUAGAAACUUUCUAGAUGAUAAUCUCGUUAUGUCAGAAAGCUUAAGCGUGUAUCCUUUGACGCUUUACUUCACUCCAUUUAAGGAAUAUGUCCUAAAGAAAUAAAUGGUAGAAGCAUGCACAGAUUUAGUUAAGAAAGAUGUAAUCAUUGCAGGGUAGAAUCUUGAAAUUGAACCAUCUUUCACUCACCUGCACCAAGAAAGAAAUCAAGCAGAUGUAAAGUCUCAGUAAAAUUCUGUCCCUGCAGCUGGUGUCCUGCUGAGUUAAAGGACAGUCGUACAAAGUGCAGCUACUUUGCUAGUCAUCAGGAGUUGCAGUGUUAGAAAAAGGUUUCAGUAAACAGAACUAUCCGUACAUAUUUUUUAAAACACAAAAUGCAGGCAUAAUCCUACAAUGCUCACCUUAAGCAGGAAACAAGAUAACUAAAAAAAAAUGUGAUACUGGGGCCCCUGGGUGGCUCAGUCGCUUAAGCAUCUCCCUUCAGCUCAGGUCAUGAACCUCGGUCCUGGGAUCGAACCCCGACUUGGGCUCCUUGUUCAGCGGGGAGCCUGCUUCUCCCUCUCUCCCUGCCCCGCCCCCCCACUUGUGCUCUCUCACGCUCUCUUCCUCUCUCAAAUAAAUAAAAAUCUUUUUUUUAAAAGUGUGAUACUGAAAAUGGCAUGUUACAUUGGUAACAUAUUGUCAUUUAAGAAAUUAUAGGGCCAUGUGUUUUGAUUAGAUAGUGAUUUUACCUUUGAAUUGUGAAUUGUAAUUGCAUUUCUCUCAAAAUGAUGUAUGGAAGCAGCUACUUUUUAUUUGAAGAUGAUCUAAUUGAGGUUAAUGUGAACUUCUAUUUCCAAGCUCCAUCUUCAUCUAAUUUCACCAUUCUUUGGGAAAAUAAUACAAGUCACAGCCAUUUUUUAUUGCCCAGUUGUUUAAAGUUUUAUUCAAAGAGCAGGGUUUGACAGUGCAUAGAAUAAACAACUGUUUAUGGCCACCUGUGGGGCCAGCACCAAAGGACUGAGAACAUAUUUUGCCCAAAUUGUAUUGAGUCUUGUCAAAUCACACUGCUCUGUAAGAAUGUCAGACAAUUCAGUGUGGACUGACAGGUCAGCACUGUGAAUGGCCAGUCCCGAUUCCCUUUAAUGUACUGAGCAUCCAUGCAAUGGGGAAGCAAUGCACCAUGAGGCAAAGGGCCCAAGCCCAAAGACUACAGGUUCAGUAGGUCUUUGACUUCAUAGAAUACUCUAGAAACCUUGACAAGUGACCAAAUUGAAACUACAAUCAUUGAAACUGAGAUGGAUGAUGGGGCGAGGCUCAGUUAUUCACAGAAAUAUACUGGCAGUGGUUAAUUCCAGUUCAUGAUUGGUAUCAUUACUCAUAAUAUUUUGCUUAAUUCUUGCAAAGCCCCUUUUGAGGUAGGUGUUAUCCCCUCUGUAGUCUGCUUCAUGUUCUGGAGCUAUGAAGUCAAAGCAUUCAAUCCAAGUAUGCCAAGGUUUCCUAUAGUCCACUCCUAGUUUUGCGUCGUUUUUUUAAUUGGCUUUCAUGAGUAUUUUGAACUUUGUUUUACUCUUCUUCCUACUGAGGUUGAAUGUGCAUUUUGGAAUUAUGUCAUUUACAUAGAAAUACUUUUCAAGUGGAGAUGACUAGCAUUCUAAGGAAAAACGAACCACUUUUCGAGUAGACCAUGGAAAUCACAAAGCCUGGUAUUCCAUAAAGUGGAAUGAAAUCUUCUGGAUACUAGAAAUACAAUGUGAAGGUUAUCAGCAACAUUAAUAACAUUUUCCUAUGGGUGACUUUUGAUAACACUUUUUUGUUGUUGUUUUUUGUUUGUUUGGUUUUUAACCUUAAUGGCAAGAAUUUUUUUUAAGCACUGGUGUCACAAUGAAAUAGUAUGAAAUGUUAAGGCCAAAAUUUGUUUUGGCUAUUAUAUAUAAAUCAUAUCAUAAGCAA